AUGCCCACGUCCGCACUCGCGCUUCUCCUUCUCCUCACCGCCAGCCAGGUGCCGCGCGCUGCCGCGCACGGGUACGUCACCAACAUCACCAUCGGCGGCGCAACCUACCAGGGGAACGCCCCAGGGCACAGCGGCAUCGUCAGCCCGAUCCGCACCGUGUCCUCAGACAGCCCGGUGCAGAACCUUUCGGAUCCCAAUUUGGCCUGUGGCCCGGGCGCACUGGCUGCGCCCGUCGAUGCGGAGGCGGCGCCUGGGAGCGCCGUCAACCUAACCUGGGUGUCUGGGAGCGGUGGACCCUGGCCACACGAAGUGGGCCCGAUACUCACGUACAUGACGCACUGUGAGAACACGACGACAUGUGCGGAGUUCAACACAUCCGGGGCGCGAUGGUUUAAGAUCGACGAGGUCGGGAAGAAAAGCAAUGGUACUGGCUGGGUGCAGGAGGAAAUCAUGCUAGGUGCCAAAUUCAACGUCACCAUCCCAGACGGCCUUGCCCCAGGGCCGUACCUGUUCCGAAACGAGAUGAUCGGUUUGCAGAACGCCAUGGCGCCCGGCGGCGCCGAGUUCUUCCCCUCCUGUACGCAGCUGCAGAUCACCGGCAACGGGACAGGUGUCCCUGCCUUGAACGACACGGUGGCCUUUCCGGGAGCCUACAGCCCUACCGAUCCAGGUAUCCUGUUUGAUGCCUACGACAACCCUAAUGCGGCGUAUAUCUUCCCCGGUCCACCAAUUGUUACUCUGACGAACGUGACAGCCCCUGAGAAUACGACAGUGACGACUCCAAACGCGACAACUUCCGCUGCUUCUAUCUCGCUGGAGGCGUACAAGCAAAUACCGGUCGCAAUCGCGGAUCCCGAUACGUCGGACGAGUUCUAUCUGGUCAUGCACAUGGUUGAUGCGGAUACCUCAAAUGCGGAUAACGCGCAAUCGAAAGGUCGCUUCCAUAGUCGGAUUGCUCGCCGCUCGCAUUGA